CACGGAAGUGAUGCUAUCGUGCGGUCUGAAACUCAAACUUGCGUUGAUGUGUUUGCGCGAACGCUGUUCUGUCCUUAGCAACAACACACAUUUAACUUUAAACUGCUGAGUGGAAAGAGGUGAUGCUACCUGUUGUUUUGUGUUCUCUGUUCAGCAAGCGAGUCAGUGAGUAACAGCGCCAAUUCUUGCAUAAACCUUAUAAUCUUAGUGUGUUGAUGUUAUGGAUCAAUAUUCAUUGGUGAGAGUCAUCGGUGAAGGAUCUUUUGGUCGAGCUCUGAUGGUUCGACCAGUAAAUGAAGAUGAAACGUUUGUAAUGAAGGAAAUACGACUGCCAAAGGCUGAGUCUGAUAUGAGGAACAGCAGAAGAGAGGCUGUGCUUCUGUCCAUAAUGAAGCAUCCAAACAUUGUGGCAUUCAGAGAGUCGUUUGAAGCUGAUGGUCAUUUAUUUAUCGUGAUGGAGUUCUGCAGUGGUGGAGAUCUGCUUCAGAGAAUACAGCAGCAAAAAAACGUGUCGUUUUCUGAGGACAUGAUUCUGAAGUGGUUUGUACAGAUGUGUCUAGCUACCAAGUACAUUCAUGACAAGAGAGUCCUGCACAGAGAUUUAAAAUCAAAGAACAUUUUCCUGACAGGUAAUGGACUUGUGAAGGUUGGAGAUUUUGGUUCAGCGUGUACUCUUAACAGUGCAAAAGCAUUUGCGCAGACAUACGUUGGUACCCCAUACUAUGUGUCUCCGGAGAUAUGGGACAGCAAACCUUACAAUAAUAAAAGUGACGUCUGGUCCCUUGGCUGUGUCUUGUAUGAACUUUGCUCUCUCCGGCACCCGUUUCAGGCACGCAGCUGGAAGAGUCUGAUCCUGAAGGUGUGCCGGGGAGCGUAUGCACCUUUACCCAGUCACUUCCCUUAUGAACUACACUACCUCGUCAAACACAUGUUCAAGACAAACCCCAGAGACAGACCCUCUGUACACACCAUCUUAAACUCUCACCGUGUGUCCCGACUGCUGCAUAAACACCUGACACCAGAGAGUGAAGAGCUGGUGAAAAAACAAGAGUGCCGUUGGAGGAAAGAGGAGGGAGAGAAAGUGGCCGUACUGUUGGGACAGAAGACUUUAAUGACAUCAUCUACCGCUGAAGGACUGUCCUUCACAGAGAAUAACAGCAUCGACCCAGCUUCUCGUAAGAAGUGGGCCUUCGGAUCUUGUAAUACAGUGCUGGGGGUCCUAGGAAAUGCCGACAUCAUUUCCUCUGACAGCAUGACUGCUGCAGAAGAGUCAGUGUGUCAGAAUCAGGAGAGAAGAACGAGGAAACAAUGGGAUAAACAUCCACCAGAGAGACUUCCGAGUGUGCUGGAGAAAGCUCAACUCUGCUCCGCCUUUGAGACCUACACCAUACACAGACACGGUUGUGAAAGUCUGAGAGGUCCUUUAGGCUCAGAGCAGGGAGACAGUGUUGAUGGUCCUGAGGAGAUCAUCACAGAUGACAGCAGACUGGAGCCACGUUCGGAUGAUGACGACACGGAUUUUGAAGAAGACUGUCCGUACGACUGGAUACACGAACUUGAGAAAAUGGUGUAUGACUGCUAGCUAAUAAAGUUUGUUUUAGUAUUUGUUUCACCAGAUGAUCAUGUUUUUAUGUAUAUUUUUGGAAAUUUAAUGAGGUUUUAAAUACUGAUUAUUAAUUAUGAAAAUAUGUAAAACCUUUCCAAAUACAUUUCCUGCUGAAAAUCAAUUUGUCUAAUGUGUCUGCCUUAUGCAUGAACAAGACACUUGACUUCUAAUCCUACAUGUUGGGUUUGGUUUAUAAAUGUUUGUGACCAUGGUAACACUGUUUGUUAACAACAGAAAUGAAUCAUAGUCAUUCGUCACUAUUGUGUAAUGUUACAGAAUGUAUAUUUCAUUCUCUGUUGUUUGCCACGUCUAAAUUGAGCAACAACUUGAUUAAAGGGAAAACUUUUAAAGGUGUGCUGAACUGGCCGUUUUUAUUAUUUUAUACUGUUGUCUGGGGUCUACUUAUGACGUUCGCGUGGAUUUUACAUUCGAAAACAUCAAAAUAAAUAAGUAAUAGGCUAUUUUCUACCCAGGUUUUGAGGCCGUCUUGUCAAACGCUCUGUUUGAAUGGGCGUGCUGCAUUGAAGACUUGGAAGUAAACGCCCACUGCUGUGAUUGGAUAGCAGUUUGCGUAGUAAACUUAGUUGGAGCCUUCUGUGAAAUUGGUUAGACACGUAACGUUAGGUUACACAUUAUCAGGACAUAUCAUGCGAUCUCCAUUAAAGCCAGUGGCGCAAAAAUGGGGUAUGCAGUAUAUGCGGUGCAUAGGGGCGCCUAACAAGGGGGCUAACAAGGUUUUUUUAAUAAAACGUUAUAAAUAAUAAAAAAUAUAACGAAAAAAACAUCUAAAACGUAUUUAGUUUCACUUUUGUCUAAAUAUAUAUUUUAUUUAAUCAAGUUAUUGUGUCAGCCAAUCACGCGUAAUGAGAGACAAGAGCGCAAAAGAACGUUUGUUAAUAAAAAA